AUGUCAUCAGGCUCACGAAGCAGGACUGGCUGUUACACCUGCCGUAUCCGCAAGAAGAAAUGUGACGAGCAGCAUCCCUGCUGUGAGAACUGCCAAAUUCGAAAACUGCAAUGUUAUGGGUACGAUGCUCCUCCACCGGACUGGAUGCAGGGAAAGCGGAGCUGGAAAGAGAUCAUGGUUACUGAAGAAGCUCGACAGCUUCGAACCAUUGCAGAAGUGCAGUACAAAACUCGCAGACGUAGCGGCCAAAACAGGCUAGAGGAGGAGGCGGGAGGUGCCUCGAAUUGCCAACAGUCCGAUGAGCUUACGAUCAGAGGCAAACGGCCUCCUACACCAGAAUCUAUAUGGUGGGAUGGUGGCUUCUGCACCUCGCUGCCCAUUCACAAGCCUCCACAUGAGGAUACACGCCUGCUCAUGCUUUUCUUGGACUUCAUCUUUCCAAUACAGUUCGGCUUCUAUCCCAUGUCUACUGCAAUGGAUCAUAGCUGGCUCAUGAGUGGCUUGUGCAGUAACAAGGCACGUUAUCACGCUGCUUUAAGUGUUAGUGCCUGUUUCGAUGCCUCACUUCGCGAACCAGAGAAGAUAAAUAGCAUUGGGUUGAGUUUAGAGGUGACGGAGCGGCAGGCUAUCGCUGCGUGUGGUCUACAGACGAUCAUUGCACAUUUCAAUCAGCAGAGACAUGCGCCCGGAGAUGGGGUCAGGAUGGGCAUGCAAAUAUUGGAAGUCAUGCAUCAACUACUCAGUCUGGAGAUCUUCAGCAUGCUGGAGGGGGCCUGGGAGUUACACCACCAAGCGACAAUGACUCUAUUGAACACACUUCACACCUACAACACUCCAGAGUCAUGCGAUGAGGAGGAAGUUGCAUUGCACUCAUCACCGCUCAAGAUGGCACUGAAGGACUUCUCGUCUCCAGACACUCAAAGGACUCUUGAAUUUCAUGUUACGUGCGUUAUUUGGGUCGACAUCAUUGCCAACGCAACAUUCGGAUCUCCCUCACAUAUUCCUCGACGCUUUGAUUACAUCCCUUAUCUUCACGCCAAUGGUCUCAAAACUCACGGAAUAAUGGGAUGUCACUCAUCGGUGAUGGCGAACAUCGCAGAGAUCACAUGCCUUGUUGAUUGGAAGACCUCUCAGCUUCGGACCCAAUCGCUAGACACAAAAGAGCUUUCUGGACGUGCCAUCCCAAUGGCUGCUCGUCUGGUGGACCAGGUGCAGGAGCUGGAACAACAAUCCGUGCUCAACAUGACAACACGCGAAGCGGAAAGCCGUUUGGUAACGUUACAAUUCGCUUGCGCUGCGCAGGUAUAUCUGCACGUCGUCGUCUUCGGCGCCGAUACGGCUGAUCCUGAACUUGUCCUCCGUGUCAGCCGGAGCUUGCAGAUGUUGGAAGCGCUUCCAAAUGGACUUGUGAUUCGUGUCAACUGGGCGUUUACGAUUCUAGGAUGCAUGGCGGGCAAGACUCUGUACGAUAGAUUUCGGGGCCUGAUAACGAGAAUAGCAGCGCAAAAACAGCCUUUGGGCAUGACUUGGAAAGGGUUGAUAGUCAUGGAAGAAUGUUGGCGGUUGAGGCAGUCUCAGCCUGAGUUGGAGGUUGGUUGUGAUUGGAAGAGAGCAACGAAGAGUUUGGGCACAAGGAUUUUACUCGUGUGA